UCUUCACUUUGCCAGCGAGAAGAUGUCGUCGUUACCUACGAUCAUUGGAUUGUAUAUUUUCUUCUUUAUCGCAUUUAGCAAUGUGCAUGCAUAUAGCACAAAAUGUAGUCCCAUGCUCGGAGUUUGUAACAUGCACACGGAUUGCUGCAGCGGAAGAUGCUUAACCUACGGCUCAUAUUGCGGCUAUCCGGCGCAGCGUCUUACAAAAACCUAUUUGCGCCCAAACGAAUUCACCAGUAUCAAGAAAGAACAAUCAAAAUCAAUCAAUGAUGAGGUGAAAGUUAUCGGUCUACCUAAUGAGUCAGAACCAUCGAAUGGUGUUUUUAGUGUUGAUUCAACACUAAUUCAACCUUAUUCAGCCGCAAAAUGCCACAAUGUUGGUGAACCCUGUUCCCGGGCUGAAGAAUGCUGUAAUUUACGAUGUCACACUUAUAUGCACAGAUGUGUCACCUGAAGUAAUUCGUAGCAUUGGGGAAAAAUGACACACAGCUUAUUACCAAAAUAAUUCAGCUCAGGGUGCGGCCUUUAUAUUCAUUGGAAAUAAUAAUCAGUCUCAAAUAAAUGGAGCACUACAACUCUGCAACUCAAGCUCAACUAAAAUGGUAAUAGAAAAAAAGAUUUAACCAUUCUAAAAAAUUAUUAAUAGUUUUUUCAUAAUAUUCUAAUAAAAUAAAA